UUGCCCACCCCCCAGCACCAGGUGUGGCCACUAGCCUAUAUGAAGGCCCAAAAUUGUGUGUUCCUUUCUGCUCUGACAAUGGCAUGCCCAUUCGUGCGAGAUGUGGUGGAUGAAGAAGCACUUGUGCUGAGGAGAGCCUUCAGGCGAGAAAGGGUCUUCAGGGACCGGUUGGACCCACUGGCCUUCCCUGAUGACCAUCUAUAUGAAAGAUACAGGUUUUCUGCAGAUGGCAUCAGGUAUCUAUGCAGACUACUGGGUCCCAGGAUUAAGCACCGCACUGCACGGAGCCAUGCACUGAGUGUGGAGCAAAUGGUUUGUGUGGGGGAUGCAGAACAGCUGAACAAGGCCACAAUUUGCCGCACAAUAAGGAGUGUGUGUCUGGCUAUCAAAGCAUUAGCAGAUGUCUUCAUCUCCUUCCCUGGCCACAGAAGACUCUGUGACAUCAAAGAGGAGUUUUAUAGGAUUGCAGGUUUCCCCAAUGUCAUUGGUACAGUGGACUGCACACACAUAAGGAUAAAAGCCCCCUCAGGUGCCCAUGAGGCCGAUUUUGUGAAUAGGAAAUCCUUUCACAGCAUUAAUGUUCAGAUGGUCUGCAAUGCUGACUGUGUGAUCAGCAAUGUUGUGGCAAAAUGGCCUGGCUCAGUCCAUGACUCCAGAAUCUUUUGGGCCUCUGAAAUC